CAAAGUACGGUACAAAUCAGACCUCUGCAUUGGUAAAACGUGUUCUGUGAAAUAUGUCCAAGAAGAAGAGAAAUGGACUUUCAACCUAUUACUGUUAAAAUGUAAUCUUGUAUCAAGCCUUUACAACGUAAUAGAAUGCAAAGAAUGCAAGUAUUUUUUUCUUCUGACAUUUCUGUGCCGUUUUACCGUUAACUGUGCUGAGAAGGGAGCAGAGUAGGGCAAUUCUUCUUAAAUGUAAAUCUUUCACUCCUAACCUCAGUGGCAGCUAGUAUUUCUGAGCUGGCCACAACUGUUUUCUUUUUUUCCUCAAAAUUAGAUCCACAAGUCAAGUCAAAUCACUUCUUCAAUCCAAAGGAGCUUUAUUUUACCAAGGACUUCGAAACGCAAGCUGAUAUCAGUGCUUCCAAGCUCUAAGAACAUGUCGGAGGUAGAGUUGGUGGAGGUUGCUAAACCCGAAGAUAACGAGAAAAACGAAAGAUGUUCUCAGCCCUCAGGUGAAAGAGGAUUAAUUAGGAAUCGAUUUAAUAUUCUAAUUUUCCUCAAGAGGAAUGCCUUUGUCAUUCUCACAAUGGCUGCUGUUGCAAUAGGGAUUGGGCUGGGCUUUGCUCUGCGAUAUGUUAACAUGUCUGAGAGACAAAUCAUAUAUUUAACUUUUCCUGGAGAGAUGCUGCUGAGAAUCCUGCAGAUGACGGUGCUUCCUCUCGUCGUUUCAAGUCUAAUUGCAGGCAUCUCAAAUGUUGACAGAAAAGAUUUUGGAAAAAUUGGGCUUCGGACCUUUGUGUACUACUUGGUAACCACUGUUAUUGCUGCGUUCACUGGCAUUUUCCUGGCGGUUCUCAUCAAGCCGGGGAAAUCACCCAGGUCCACGUCCGAGUCGUCUCCUACUAAAAAGCAGGCCGUGCAGAGUGUGGACGCUUUCCUGGAUCUGAUCAGAAACAUGUUUCCCUCAAAUCUGGUGGAAGCUUGUUUCAGAAAAUAUUUAACAGUUAAUCUCAGCAGUAAUUCAUCAGGAGCCACAAAUAUAUCAACAAACACACCAACAGCAGGAACCUCAGACGGCAUCAAUGUUGUGGGUCUGCUGGUCUUCUCCGUUGCCUUUGGCCUCAUCCUGAGCAGUAUGGGGUCAGAGGGGAAACCUCUGAGGGAUUUAUUCAACUGCAUGAAUAAAGCAAUUAUGCGUCUUGUUAGCAUAGCUGUCUGGUAUUCUCCAGUGGGAAUCAUCUUCCUGCUGGCUGGGCAGGUUGUUAAAAUGACGGACGCAGCAGAAAUAGGUCGUGAUGUUGGCAUGUACACUCUGACUGUGAUCACUGGGCUCAUCAUCCACGGCUGCGUCACGCUGCCGCUCAUCUACGUUAUUGUCACAAGGAAGAAUCCCUUGAGGUUUGGUGGAGGAAUCCUCCAGGCUCUGAGCACGGCCUUUGGGACUUCAUCCAGUUCUGCAACCUUGCCUGUUACUUUUCGUUGUAUGGAGGAAAAUCUGCAGAUGGACAAACAGGUGACGCGCUUCAUGCUGCCUGUAGGUGCCACCAUGAACAUGGACGGUGCUGCUCUCUAUGAAGCAGUGGCAGCUUUAUUCAUAGCCCAGAUCAACGACAUGGACUUCAACUUUGGACAAAUCAUUGUCCUCAGUUUGGUUGUCACAGCAGCAAGCACGGGUGCAGCUGGUAUCCCACAGGCCGGCAUGGUAUCCAUGCUGAUUGUGUUGACCUCGACAGGACUGCCCACUGAAGACAUAUCACUGCUCCUCAUGGUUGACUGGAUUUUGUAA